AUGUCUGGGAUCAACAACGAAACGCCUCCUAAUGCUCUGAAGUCCUGGCAAGUACGGGCUUUGGCGAAAGGCAGAACACCCUUACCAGAGAGCCCUGGUUUUCGACCAUGGCUGGAAACCAGCUCGAACCAGGACGUGUCUGAGCCUGGACAGCAAGCCCUGCUGACUACAAGAUCAUUCUCUGCUUCACUUGCCUCAACUCCCGGGGCAGCCCUCUCCAUAUCGGAGGCUGAGACGAGCAGCAACCCGGGCUACAAGUUCUGGAACCAAGACGAAAUGAAGCGGCUCAUCGAGCUGAAGAGAGAGGGGAAUUCAUGGAGAGAUAUCAGCCAUUACUUUCCUGGGCGAUCUAUCGAAGCGCUUAGACAAGCAUAUCACAAGCGGAGAGCAAUUGCCGAAGAACAGAUGCGCCUGGUCGCCAUUGAAAAGGAAGAUCAGCCGAAGGAAUAA